CGUAGUCUCGAUCCUUUCGCCGGCGACGUUGGUGUCAUCAUACUCUGUGUGAGCGAGCAUCAAUAUGGCGUUCACCCUACGUGUCGUGUUGGCAACAUGUAUGCUAUUUAUUUCAUUAUUUGUCGAUGUACAUUCCAAUGAUUUUAAAGAAAAUAAUAUCCAGGAUACCGUAGAACAGAAAGAAUUUCGACAGAAAAGAGAUAAUUUGGGGGUUGCCGAGGCUCAGCAACAGGCACUUGAACAACAACAGCAAUUUGGGGGAGUCAGAGUCAGAGCACUUUUACAGCAGCAGCAGCCUGUCGGCGGUGGGCAAUAUCCGCAGCAGUAUGCCCAACAGGGGCUACGCUACCAACAACAGCAACAGCCUGGACUACCUAAGCUUCAAAAGGCCCGUGGAGGAAUACAAAAUUUAGCAGGCCAGCAGCAGCUGAAUGGGCAAGUUGGUAUUCCUGGUGCAAAGAAACUAACGAAGAAAUUGGCGACGAUAGGAAGCAAACAAUUUCGAAUUUCUCAGCACCCAGCGUGUCUCGAAGAUGUUCAAUUACUUUGUGGGAAAGAUUAUAAAGGAAGUAAUUUUGCUGUGCUAGAUUGUCUGCAAAAUGAUCGUGCUGAUAAUUCACAAAUUUCAGAUCCGUGCAACAAUUUUCUCUGGCAGUACAAGUUAAAUUUGACAAUGGAUGUUAAGUUUGAGUCUGCUGCUGCAGAGGUUUGCAAAGUUGCCUUAACUAAGCUCACAGAUUGCAGCAGUCUUCCUAAAGGCCGUGGUGAAGUGCUUCCAUGUCUUUAUGAACAUUUGGAAAAUGUGACGGCACCACAGUGUCUUCAGUAUCUCAAAAGAAUGAUGGCAAUUACCUUCAGUGAUUACCGGUUGAUAAAAGGGUUCUAUGACACCUGUAGGGACGACAUCGAAACCACCAGUUGUGGAGAUGUCUUAUCCCCAACAGUGGACAAAAAGGGUCGUCGUCUUCCACACUCCCAAGGAGCUGUGGUCAACUGUUUAGAAGAAAACACAGGGAAGCUACAUGAACCGUGUAAGAAGCAAGUGCUACGAGUUGCCGAGCUUGCUGCAAACGACUACCAUCUUGAUCGAUCUCUAUACUUUGCCUGCCGUGAAGAUCGUGACCGUUUUUGCGAUGACGUAACUGCCGGACAGGGGAAAAUUUACAAGUGUCUAAUGAAACAUAAAUUUGAAAGAGAAAUGAAGGAAGAGUGUCGAAUUGAGCUGACAAAGAAGCAGAAAUUAACGGUUGAAGACUACAAAGUGAAUGUAAAUAUUCAGCGCAAGUGCAAGCCUGAGAUUAAGAAGUUCCAAUGUGAUGCCAGAAAGCCAAAAGACCAAAACAUCAAACUCUCAGUCAUCUUAUUGUGCCUAGAACUGAACAUUAAACAAGGCAAGAAGGUGAGUGGAGAUUGCCAAGGUGAGAUAUUUGACAUGCGUAAGCAACUGAUGGAGGACUACAUGAUAAACCCACGGAUCAUACUAGCAUGUCGUGAAAAUAUUGGUACAGAUUGUGAAGGACUUCAACGAGAGGGCAAAACACUACACUGUCUGAUGAAAUUAGCCAAGGACGAUAAACUGCACAAUGGUAGAUGUAGAGCAGCUCUCAAGGAACUAGUUAAAGAAACAGAAGCUGGCGAGGAUGUGCGUACAGACACUGCUCUUGAAAGAGACUGCAGGCCUGUUGAAGAUGCCUUGUGCAAGGGAGUUUCAAAAGGAAAUGCUCGGGUUCUAACGUGCUUAAUGGAUAACAUUAACGCUCCUGAGAUGACAAAAGCCUGCGAGACUCGUCUACUGACACUACAGUAUUUCAUCACCAGAGAUUUCAAGCUUGAUCCUCAGCUGUAUAAAGCAUGUAAAAAAAAUGCGAUAGAAUUUUGUUAUAUGGAUGAGGAUGACGAUCCAAACAAUAAAGAUAAUGAUGUUGAUGAUGAUGAUGAUAAUACCAAAGAUGGUAUGAUUUUCAAUUGUUUACAUGAAAGGCUCCAUCCCGGUGAAGUAGAAGGCGCUACUCUCUCUGAUGAAUGCAGACUUCAGAUGCACCGAGCCUUGCGUCAACGAGCUGUCAGCGUUCAUCUGAAUCCUAACAUUGAACGAGAAUGUAGAAGAGACCUUGGAGCAUUUUGUUCUGAGAAAAAUGAAAAAGGAGAGGAGAUGGCUUGCCUUCAAGAUAACAUGGACAAAUUAGAGGACAAAUGUAAAAAACUUGUUGGAAGAUUCACUGGAGAGGAAUCAGAAGAUAUUAAGAUGAACAAGAUCCUAAUGAAAGCCUGCUCACCUAUGCUGUCCAAGUUCUGCAAGGACCAUUUGAAGCAGCAGUUGAAUGAAGGCAUUCUGAUGCAGUGUUUGAUUGAGCACAAGAAUGACAAUGAAAUGGAUGAGAAAUGUGCUGCUGGCGUUGAACACUUCCAGUUGCUGGAAUUGAAAGACUACAGGUUUAGCUUCAAGUUUAAGGAGGCUUGUCGUGCUGAUGUCACUACUUAUUGUAAAGGCGGUAAAGAAAAGUCAGCAGUGAUAUCAUGUCUCAGCCAACUUGUGAGAGAUGAUACACUAGUUGAGAGGACACAUAGAGUCAGUGAUGAUUGCAGGAAACAACUGAAAUUCGAAGAACUUCAGAAGGCUGAGAAUAUCAAACUUGAUCCUGAACUGAAUAAGGCUUGUGCCGAGGAUAUUCACACGCAUUGUUCGGGUGUCAAAGAAGGAAAUGCACGUAUUAUUGAAUGCUUACGUGCACAUCAGAGCAAACUUGGCAACCAAUGUCAUAUGAAGAUCUUUAACAAGCAGAAGAAAGAAGCCAUCAACCCAGAAUUUGAUCAUACUUUCAUGCAUGUUUGCAAACGUAUGAUUAAACAAUUUUGCCAGGGUUCGUCUCCGCAGGAGAUCUUUAAGUGUUUGAAGCAGAGGAAAAAUGACCCUGCCAUGGAUUCAAAAUGCAAGGAAGUGUUGACCAAGAGACAGAUCUCCAAGAUGCAUGACUACAGGUUAAAUCCAAUGCUUCAAAAGGCUUGCUCGAAGGAUAUUAUUAAGUUUUGCAAAGAGAUCACUGACACUGAAGACAAACAAGUGGAAUUGGAAGGCAAAGUAAUUGAAUGCCUAAAAGCCAAACACACUGAAAAGAAAUUAUCAAGAAGUUGUGAUGAUAGGAUAACCAGCAUCAUGAAAGAUGCUGCAAUGGACUUUAGAAUGGAUCCCUUGUUGGCUCGUGUUUGUCGAAAUACUGCCAAGACCCUCUGCAUCGAAGAGUUUGAUGAUCCUGGUAGUGGUCGCAUCGAGGAAUGCCUGAAGGUGAAGCUGCAGCAUAACAAGAUAUCAGAUAAAGAUUGUAAAAUGCAAGUGAUUCGAUUACUGGCUGAGGCACAUGCAGACGUCCAAGUUGAUCCUCUUUUACACAAAGCUUGUGCUCUAGAUAUUAAACAUUAUUGUGUAGAUAUACCUCAAGGAGAAGGUCGACAUAUGUCAUGUUUAUUAGAAGCUCUUGAAGACAAAACAGUCAGAUUGCGGCAGGAAUGUCGUCGGAUGCUAAUGGAGAGGAAAGAGAUGUGGGAAUAUGCAGCCGAGAAUGCUCCUCCAGAAACUGUGCAAGAGCUAGUGAUGUCAAUACACUCAUCUCCAUCAAGAAACUAUUUUUUCUCAGUGUUUAUAAUAUUUUUUGGUUGUCUGUUUAUGUUUGGAAUGUUCUGUGGACGGGUAACAAAGCAUGUUCGUGCAGAAGUGAAAAAUAAAUGAAUUCCAGCAACGAGAACAAACUAAUCAUGAGAUGAUUAGAUUGUUGAUAAGCAGAGCCUUUUUAUAUUCCUAUUUUGUUACAAAUAAUAGAUUGAAAUCUUCUAUUAUAGUUUUCUUGGAAUGAAGUUUUAAUCAGCUCUUUCAGUGCUGGUUAUCUUUGGCAACAAUCAGGUUUAUAAAUUGCAAUCAGCUUCAUAUUUACUCAACUUAAAUAAAAUAUUAAUAGGAUUAGUACAGUAUAUCGCAGGGUUUUUUUUUUUCUUGGUAAAACCAACAAAUAAACCAAAUACAUUUCUCUUUACUGAUAAUUAGAUUAGCUCUAUACUGUUUAAUGUAAACAAUAAUGGUUCUCAAAACAAAAUUCACUUUCAUUGUUUACAUAUGAAUAUAUUAAAAUUUUUUGUAUUAACUCUAACAAUUAUUUUUAAAUAUUGUCAAAAUAAUAUUGGUUAUUGAGUUGCGUAUAUUUUUUUAAAUGGUGGGGAUUCGCUCAGUUUCGUAUUUUACUUUAUGAUUAUUAUGUUAGUUAGUUAUAACUGGAUUAUACAGGUUUUUGUUGUAGGUUUGUAUAUUUCUGAUAAACAAAAAAGUAUUAUUUACCCUUUAUAUGAUAUAACUAAUAAGCAAUGUAUAAAAUUGUAAACAAUAAACAUAUGCGGUAGAUACAGGAGCAACCAAUCAUUUGCCUGUGAAUGGUGAUAAAGGUAAUAAUGAAAGUUAAAAAAUUCAACAUAUUUACUACAAUUAGCCCUUUAGGAAGGAUCAUGCUAGACUAUUUCCGGGAGAUUCUUGUCGGGUUGUGUGAGUGCGGGAGGCCGUCAUGGUUUUUAGUCCCCCGAUUUGUGGGAGACUUUAAACCCCUGUGAAUUUUCAGAGUCAACUAGAUGCCACGAUUCUCCUGUAACUGGUCAUCUCAAACUGUAGCUUGAUUUAAGUAAAGCCUAUAGUUUCUGAAAGGCGUAGCAGCCAGCGAUCUUUAGAAUAAGUAGUGAAGAAAUUGCUGGAUUCAACCAAAAUUUUGCGUAUACAUAGUAUUACAAAAUUAUAUUACUAUAAUUUGUGCCAAAUUUUAUGAAUCUGGCUUGUUAGGUUGUUUAUUUAGAUGUGUUCAGUGUAAGCUUUUUUCCGAAAGAUUGGUAAAGUGUAAAUGCUAAUGUCUGUUACUCCAUUGUAGUAUCUGCACAUAUAUAUUCCAAACAAUUGUUAAUACUUACUUCAUUUAAAAAAAAAAAAGAAUUCAGACUUGCUUAUUGAAAAUUGACAAGUGACGGACUGUUUGUCCUUGCCACAUAUUCAUAACGUGAUUGAUGGCAGGGUGACUUUUCAUAACAUGAUUGGAAGUUAUGUUAUAUAGGCCUAGCUUGUUUAUUGGUGACAGCAUACAGUAGACACGAUAAUCAUUUUCGAAAAAAUUAGUGUAAACUCUGUGGGUUCGGUUAUAUUUUUAUUUUAUUACAUUUUAGUUUAGAGACAUGUACAAAGUUUUAAGGUUAUGUCUUUUUGAAAAGUAGUUUGAGAUUGAAAUAGAAAAUAAUUAUAAAAUUUGCAAAAAAAUAUCAAUUCACUAUUGGUUGGUGAAGGUACUGUAUCGAAUUGCUGUCUGGACAUUUUUAUGUCAUCAUGUUUGUUUAAUAAUAGGUGAACAUUAUUUGGUGUCUGUGCAUGUAUGUUGACAGAUCGAAAAUGUAUGUAUGUGUAGUACGUUUGUAUAAAAUGUACUUAUUGUAAUUUGUUUUGCAGGCUGGUUAUGUAUAUAUGGUACAUAUUUCUUUGUUUAAAAUAUUCUUUUAUGUCUUAAUGGAUAAAGCCCUCAAUCAUGAUGUGUGGCCUUUGUUGCCUCAUGUGAUGUCACAUGGCAGGAGUGUGAUGUCAUCACAAGUCUGCACAUGUCAGGAGUGUGAUGUCAUCACAAGUCUGCAAGAUGGCAGGCAUAUGGUGUAAUCACAAGUCAGCAGCAUAGCCUGCUUGUGUCAUCAAUUUGAGAUCAAUGUGCCUGAAAAGAACAUGUGACAGUUGUAGUAAAAUCUAAGCCAGGGCUCUAGACUGUUCCCAGACAUCUCAAGUUCGUAAAAUGCAUUUCCGUAACUAUGUCUUCAGAUUUCCGUAGUAAGUGAACAAUUUCCGUAGCACCUAAUAAUUUGCCUUAGAGUGCAAGAUAUAGUAUGGAAUUUUAAAAAAAAAACAGGACAAGAUGAAGGAUUAUGGGUAACAUUUCAGGACAAUCAGGCCCACGUUCAAAUUGGAUAUAUUGUCCUGAAAAUGGGCCUGAUUCUCCUGGGGCCGAUUGUCUGUAAUUCGAUGUGGAAUUUCAAUCUUUCAAUGCUAUUAUUCUAGCAUUUACGGUAUGGGUAAUUUUAUGAAAAAUGAGGCAAUCCAAUUUUCAGAAUGUCAAAAAUUUGAUUGUUUAUAAUCUGGCUAUCUGGUUAUUUUUAAAUCAAGUAAAUUUGAGGAAGUAAAUGGUAUUUCAGUUAUAAACAUACUAUUGCUACUUUUAGUGUGCUCCAUAAUGUAAUCCUAUGCAACAUUCUGGCUAAGUGCACUGAUAAUGUAACUUGUGAAUUACAUUAGCUUUCUCAUAGUCAAAUUAAUGCAAGCAACCUAAAAACUGACACCAUUUUAUUGAAAAACAUUUUUAGUGAGUUUCUCCCAAUUUAAAAAAUUUCAAAUAUUCUUGAUCGCAGAUUCGUAUUCCAAAUUUUCUAAAAUUGAUUUUUCAAUACUGUACACUCAUUUUAAGAAAAACUAUAUGCAAAAAUAAUGCCAUCGUUUUUUAUUUUUUAUGAAUAUGUCUGUUUGCUAUGCUGAUAACGUUUUUAAUAGAGAGCUUCGUGGAUUUUCAAAUUAUUUAUUAUCGUAUUUCAUGCGUUAUAUUGUAUUAGUAUGACGUGUUGAGCACAAACUUCACAAAUACCACAUUGAAUAAAUUUUAUUUCAAAACAAAA